ACUGCGCACAAUAAAAAUUCUUCUCUAGUCCUUCACAGUUCGACAGUGCAACUGACAUUUGACAGAUAGAUUUAAAAAUUAAUUGACCGAAAUUUACUGUUUUCAAACAAACAUCGAAAUUUUAACUGCAUGAUAUUUUCAAAAAUUGCAAAAAUGACACCGGAUAUAAUUGCAAUUGGUUCUCAAAAAAUAAAAAGUAUUCCAGGUGGAGAGUCUGUGGAGCUGAAAACUUUAUGGCAGGAUCAAAACGCAGCUAUUAUUUUCUUUCGUCGUUGGGGUUGUUUGUUCUGCAGAUUAUGGGCGAAGGAGUUGGGUGAAAUCGCUCCGAUUCUUAAGAAAAAUAAUAUAAAACUCGUCGGCAUCGGUGUUGAGGAAGCGGGUUCCAAGGAGUUUAUCGAUGGAAAAUUUUUCGACGAUGAAUUAUUCUGCGUUGAAGAUCGGUCGACAUAUCAAAUGCUUGGAUUCAAAAGAUUCAAUGUCGUCACGAUAUUGACAUCGCUCUUAUGGAAGCAGUCCAGAGACGCGAUCUCAAAAGGGAAAAGUAUGGGUUUAGGUGGGGAUUUGAAAGGCGAUUGGGUGCAGACCGGCGGCGCGUUGUUCGUUGAAAAGGGCGGGAAUGUUAUCCGCCAUUUUGCUCAGACCGGACCGAGUGAUCAUUUGCCGAAUGAAGAAAUAUUAAAGCUAUUCGGCUUGGAGAACGAGUAUAACGCUGAAACGAUGGCCAAUAAGAAGCGAGAAGAGAUGGAGUGCAAUACAGAGGCGAAGCCCUAAGCCGUGGCGGCAGAUUCUAGCGGAGUGCCCUCUUACUCCUAUUCAUAACAUAUGGGCUGAGAGGCGUUGUAAGCAAAGUAAAGUGUAGAACGAC